AUGGAGAAAGAAACAGGCCUUGUCGAGUUCUGUAACCAAGACAACUGGUUUAAUCACAACACAACAUGUGCUGCUUCUCAUGCGAUAUUUAACCAUGAGUCUCCCUCAUUUAAAUUCCAGACCAUCAUCAUCAUCAUCAUCAUCACCUUCAUUAACAAGAACAGCAACAUCACCACCACCACCACCACCACCACCGCCACCACCUAUACUAACAGAACCAGCACUUUUAUCAACAAGAUGGCCUCGUUCCCCCAAUUCACGCGGCUUCCUACUGUAAUUCAAUGGGUGACCUGGGAGUUGGCUCUCUCCAAACCCAAUACUCACUUCCUCACCAUGAACUCGGGGCAUCAUUCCCUCGGCCAACUCAGACCCAUCUACGGUCCAGUUCCGAACUUAGCAGCAUUUGGUCAGUCGUUGCUAAUGCGCCUCCACAAGAAGGAUCUUGAAUCUGGAAAUCGUGGCCCAUUCCCUCUGUUUGAUGCAUCUCAAGAUAUGCUGGUCAUAUCACCCAUCCACGCUAUAGAUAUUUCCGAGCCACCCACUGACGCUGAAGACAUGGAUACUUCUGAGCCCGAACAGCCAGAAGUUCCUGAACCGUUCACUCAACUUACUUUUGAAACCGUGGACAGUGUUGGUCACUGGCGGCGCCGGUACCCUCUUCUUGUUCCAGACUUGCCUGCCACCGGCUAUCUGGCCAACAUCACCUCUGUAGCCAUCUACUGGAAGCCGGAGAUGGACGAUGCUGUCGUCUGCCGUCAGAUUCAGUGGCUUUGGGAUGGUGAUACGUGCCCUAAACUCGAGACAAUCUACAUUGAUAUCAGCAUGAGAUCCAAGAGGUAUAGGUGGUUUCACUGCACUUUGCGGAAUCAUGUCCACCUUGCUGCCCGCAGGCCGACCCGUACUGGUAAGGGCGUGGUAGAUAUCCAGGUAAGAGACCUCACUGCUUUUUAG